AAUUUAAAAAACUUUAAUAACAGAGAUUAUGAACCAGUUUCAUGGACUCUGUAUUUUAAUGAAAGAAAGCCUGUUACUAUAAAUGAAGAUACUUUCUACGUGUAUGCACAAGGCAAUGAAGGUCCUUUAUUAGUAUUAUUACACGGUGGUGGCUAUAGUGCAUUAACAUGGGCUCAGUUUACUAAAUCUAUAAUAAGUUUAGUUACAUGUCAAGUGAUGGCAAUCGAUCUUCGAGGACACGGAAGUACAACUACUAAAGAUGAUGAUGAUCUAUCGAUUCAAACAUUAGCAUCCGAUAUUGCUAAUAUACUAGAAUCUAUUUCGAAUAAUCGUCCAGUUAUUCUUAUUGGUCAUAGCUUAGGAGGCGCUGUCGCAGUUAGAUCAACUCCAUUAAUUACAAAUGUAGUUGCUGUUGUGAUAAUUGAUGUUGUCGAAGGAACAGCUAUGGAUGCUCUACGUUCGAUGCAAGGUUUUUUACGCUCUCGACCAUCAUCGUUUGGUUCUAUAUCCAAAGCAGUAGAAUGGUGCGUUCGUAGUGGACAAAUAAGAAAUCUAGAGUCUGCAAAAGUAUCUGUACCUGGACAAAUAAAGACUAUUCUUAAUAAUACUCUAGGAACGGAUGAUUUAGAAUCUGAAGAUGAAAGUGUUAAUAAAAAUGAAAAAUCUACCCAACUUGGUGGACCAAUGGAUACAAUAGUGGAAGGUGAAUUAAGUGGCUCUUCUGUAUCACAAGAAACUAAUGUAACAAAGUCAGAUAAAUACACUUGGAGAAUUAAUCUUGCUAAAACAGAAAAAUACUGGAGCGAAUGGUUUAAUGGACUGUCAUCGGCUUUUCUAGAAAUUUCAGCUCCUAAAUUGCUUCUACUUGCUAAAGUUGAUAGAUUAGAUAAAGAACUUACUGUUGGGCACAUGCAAGGAAAAUUUCAAUUACAAGUCUUAACAGCCUGUGGUCAUGCAGUACAGGAAGACACGCCAGAUAAAGUAGCAGGGGCUGUAGCAUCAUUUUUAGUUAGACAUAAAUUUGCAAAGCCAACGGUUGAUUUUACUUGGUUUAUGUCAACUUGAUCAGAUUCGUUAUUUUCAAAGCGAAAAAAUUUUAAAUGAUCAAUGUAUUACUAUUGAAAAUAAC